GAGCAAUCUUCUGGUCAGAAGGAACAGGGGGUCAGAGCUCCAGGGACCCUGCCAAAAAGCCGGACCGCACCAAAAGCCCUUUGUCUGGAGCCACCAAGCUGGAGUUGGAAAUGGAGCCCCGUGGGUCGGGGGCCACAGCUGUUGAGCAGCGCCUCCUCCGGGCUGAGACCCCAGAGAAGAAUGGUCUGGCCAUGGCGGGUGGCCAAGUGGAAAGAACACUGCGCUGGUUCACCACUGUGGUCCUGAAUGCUGCUUUCCUGGGGAUGGGAGUGAGCGCUGCUGUGCUGGGACCCACAUUUCCGGACCUGGCGAGGAACGUGAACCGGAGCGUCAGCAGCCUUUCCGACAUCUUCGUGGGCCGUGCGCUCGGCUACUUGUGUGGCUCUGUGGUUGGUGGGGUGCUUUUCGACUGCAUGAAUCAUUUUCUACUUUUGGGGCUGUCCAACCUGCUCACCACAGCCGGCCUUUACCUCACUCCUUUCUGUAAAACAGCUGCCUUACUGACUGCCAUGAUGUCUCUUACUGGUGUCUCAUUUGGGGUCCUGGAUACAGACAGGGUCUUUCUAUGUUGGCCUCCCAAAUGCUGGCCUACCUGCUACUGUUUCUUCUGUUUCGAAACUGCACUUCCAAAUUUCUCCGCUGCGCGGCACCCGUCAGUCAGUCGGUGUCUGCGGUUCUGCUAAGUGAGAUGCUGCAGGCCAAGAGCGACAGAGGUCUCGGGGUAACCAGGUUUCGCUUCCCGCAGGAGACCCCACCUUCAUUGGGUGGAUCCUUCUUUAGUAUCACGUGACCACACUGGCUUGUGCAAGAUGGGGCUUGGAUGCCUUCCUCUUGCAACAACAGGCAUGUUCGAAAGUCCAACUUUCCUUGACCUAAUACAGAAAAGGUUCCUGGGGCAAGGUGGAGCUAGGCGGAACCUCCCAGGUCUAGAAGGUCGCGAGCUCAGAGCUCCAGAGAGGUCUGCUGAAAAGCUCGGCAGCGGCAAACCCAGUAGCCUGGAGUCGCCAAGCUGGAGCUGGAAGUGGAGUUCCGUGGGUUCGGGGCCGCGGCCGCCGGACAGCGCCUCCUCCAGACCGAGACCCCAGCGCAGAAUGGCCAGAAGGCGAUGGCCUCCCAGCGGAGUGGCCGGGCCGGGAGCGUGCUGCGUUGGUUCUCCACCGCGGUCCUGUAUGCCGCCUUCCUGGGGCUGGUGAGAGCUCAGGCUGCACCCCUCCAGGCUGGGGCGCCAGCCUCCUGCAGGGGACCUGCCCGCCCUUCCCAGCUGGACUCUCCCCUUCGCUGCCUGCUUGUUUGCGACUCUGGGCACGUCCGGCUCAUCAGCUGUCUCUUGGGCGCUAUUUUAAUCACUGAGGGUUGCUGUCCAGUUCGAAAUUGAUCGUACUGUUUUCUAACUGCAGCAAACUUUCCUAGCAUUGCCUGGGUCUGUAGUCACCACACUCUGAACUAUCACUUACGACACAAUAAACUGAUUUUUUUUUUCUAGCACUUCCAUUUCUGGGUGGCCGUCCACUUGGUUUUGCAAAUAGGCUCAAGAGGAAAGCGGCUUUUCUUGGUCACACGGGUGUUUUAAUGG